CUGGCGAUAAAAUAGAAUAUUGUACAUUAAAAAAAUGAUCCGACAUGAAAUAUUUACCAUCAAAUCCACCAGUAGGAAGAUGUAAAUAUGCUCUCUGGAAAAGCUUCCUCGCAGCUGUAGCAGUAGUAUCUGUGAUAUAUUUAAUAACAAUGAACAAAAAAUGUAUAUUUACACAAACAUCUACGAAUCUAACCAGUUCGAAUAAAGAAAUCAGAUAUUUUUCAAACUUAAAUCCGCAGCCCCAUGUGGUCCCCAGAUUAAACGAAAAGGAUUAUAGUAGACUUAUAAAUUUGACUAAUUUUAAAUUCAUAGUACCAAACUCUUGUUCAAACGAUAACGUAUUUCUUGCUGUAAUAGUUACCUCGGCACCCAAAAAUCUCGAAGCAAGAAACACAAUUAGAAGUACUUGGGGCAAAAACGAUGAACAAGUUAAAACAUUUUUCAUGUUAGGAGCUGUUGAUGACGCUGAUGUUCAAGAAACAAUUUUUAAAGAACAUUUGCAAUACCAUGACAUAGUUCAAGGCAAUUUUUUUGAUUCCUAUUUUAAUUUAACUUAUAAGACUGUGAUGGCACUGAAAUUUAUCACUUACCACUGCACCAAUGCUACUUAUAUACUUAAAACUGACGAUGAUGUAUUUGUAAAUAUGCCUUUAUUGAAAAACUUUUUGAUAAAUGAUUUAUCUCCUUUUGGAGCAGUAAAUUGCCUUUUGUGUCAUAAAAUGGAAAACAUGCCAAUUUUGAGAGGCUCGUCAAAAUGGGCUGUUAAAGAAGAAGAAUUUCUUGGCAAAAUAUACCCCACAUACUGCAAUGGACCUUAUAGUAUAUUAUCACCGGACGUUGUGUUCAAACUAUAUCAGGAAUCUCAAAGGCAAAAAUACUUUUAUAUUGAAGACGUAUUUUUAUAUGGAGUCGUAGCCGGUAAAUUUCCAGAAAUACAGCAUACCGACAUUAAAAAUUACACUUUGUGGGACUUAUUUGCUCCAGGAGCCUAUAAAACAGUAAGAACGCAACGGAAUUUUUUGUUUGGAUUUUUAGGAAUGAAGCCUGAAAACUUAAAAGAAUUUUGGGAGUUUGUAAAAGGACGGCCAGUAACGAGAUCUUUAUACGAUUCUGUAGUGUAGAUGAAAUCUAUUUAAUAAAUAAAUAUGUUUAA